AUGACCUCCAACGGUGGUAGGAAUCCAAAUGCCGGUUUCAACGGUGCCCCACCGAAGUAUCUCAAUGAUUUCAGUAAAGCUCUAGCGGGUGAAGUCCGUAUAUUGCUCGAGGAGGUCGGCAAGCUGAGAGAUGAGCGGAGGCAAUUGCAAUUUGAGAUUGCUGAACUGAUGGCUGUGAAAUCCAAGCAUAGUCUUGGUGGCCAAUAUGCACCCCCAGAAUGGAUUGCAAAACAACUCGAGCCUCCUCCGGCGCCUCAACCCGAAGAAGCGCCUCCUCCUGCUCCUUCCCAACCUGCACCUCCAGGUUGGCGAACAGUUCACAAACGUCCUGAGCGGCGUCCAAAAUCCACCAAGGCGAUCGAACCACAAGUACCACAAGCACCUGUAUUGCCUGCUCCGCAUCCACAUAUGGCAAGUGGGCCUAGUGUACCCGCGUGGGCUCAGUGGAGACCGAACCCAAUACUAUCUCCCGCGCCAAGGCAGGGUACUCCUGCUCCGUUCCCUGGUGUCGCUGCGCCAGCUCCCUCUUCGAGAGGUGGCCUUUUCGGGCCCCCUUCGCCUCCUCCAAAGUAA